AUGGGUGUAUCGCAUCAGCAACAAACAACAAUAUUACACACGUGUCUUUUUGGCGCUAUCAAGGUUUAUCCAUCGCUCAAGGCAUUCGACAUCAAGUAUCGCUCCUUUCCUUUGGAGAAAAGAUUACGUAUCAGCAUUGGUCAUUGUAUCGACAUCGUUGAAGCAAGGAAAUUGGUUUUGGUUGCUGGGGGCAUCAAACAUCGUGGAUUCUCAUAUGACACAGGCUAA